AUGCAUCCUCAACCCGCAAUUCUCGCGCACAAAGUAACUAUGGGUACGGCAAUAACAGCGGACGAUCUCAAAAGCUACAUCCUCUACUACCUCAUCUUUAAAAACAUAUGUUGCUGCUUCCAGCAGCAAACCGAUACCACCACCACCACCGCCCAGGCGGAACCCCCUCCUAACGAACUGCUGAAGAUGUAUGGUCCUAGAAUGUGGUGA